AUGCAUGAGCAAAAUGGCACUCAAACCGACGUGAUGGAGAGAGAAUAUUUCAAAAGCAUGAAGAUCACUUAUACAGCAGCACGUAGAGGGCAGCCAGAACAACGACAACUCUUUGCUGAAGUUAAAGAAGAGUUAUUAAACAAUCUUGUUGCAAACAUUGAAGCCCGGUUUCCACAGGUUGAUCUUAUUACCGCCAUGCAGAUUUUUGAACCUGCAUCUUAUCCCGCGGCAGAGGAAAACAACCUUCUAUCUUGGGGAAAUCAAUACUUGGAAACGCUAUUGAAUUUCUAUGGUAAAGAGAAAACAAACCAAGAAGGGCGACGUUUUCCAUCAAUGGUAGAUAGUGCUGAAUGCCGUGCUGAAUUUUUGCCAUUCAAACGACUAGUAAUGAGAAACAAAGGUGAGCAACGACUGGGCGACGAUAGUAGGGAAAAUUUUCACUACUACAAACCACCCGAAUUAAUGCAGAAAUUAUUUGGCAAUGCAGGGCGACAGAAUCAAGAAAUCUAUCCAGCGAUGUUUUGA